AUGAGAAAGGUCUACGAGUCUGCUAUGUGGAAUGAUUCAGAGCAGCGCUGGCUGCGCAAAGUGAGCGGAGACGGAACAUCUGCGGACAAAGUGGCAGCUCUGACCAUGCUCAUCCAGUUGUGCCCAGUGUUUUCGACCGGCUACAUCAAGGCCUUGCUGACGAUGGCCAGCAAGACGGCGCGAAGUGACUCCGCCAUGGCUAUGGAUGCACUAAAAGAACUUCUCACGGUCACGCUGCUGCCCGAUCGGAAGCUCAAGACGCUGAAGCAGAUGGACCCUGUGUCACCAAAGGGCCUCAAGAAAUCCACAUUCACCGAGAUCUGCGUCGUCGCUUUCUUUGAGGACUAUCUGAAGACCGCCGUCGCUGCCUUCGUGCAGGUGCUGGGGUUUGCCUCACAGAACACUGUGGCCUUCAUCAAGACAAAAGCCGUGCGGUCCGCCUACGAGCUCUUGUCGGCGAAGCCAGAACAGGAAAAGGCAUUGCUGGCUCUGCUUGUCAACAAGUUCGGGGACUCCUCUGGCAAGGUGUCCUCGCAAGUCUCGUUCUGCCUCAAAGAGCUUCUGAAGAAGCAUCCUGGGAUGAAGGGGCCGGUGGUCAAGGAGAUGGAGGCCUUUCUGGCUCGGCAAAACAUCACGCAGAAAUCCAAGUACAGCGCUCUGGUUCUGCUGUCAGAGAUGAUCUUUAACCGUUCGGACGGAGAGGUCGCAGCCCGACUAAUCCGGCUCUUCGUCUCACAGCUGGAGAUGGCACUGAAGAAGCCUGUGCUCACCAAGAAGGAGUUUCGACACAAGAAGCGGAGAGGCUGGACUCCCAAGACAUCGCGCAAGCGGCAGCCGUUGCGAGAGGAGGACAACCGAAUCGUGCGAGCAAUCAUCAAUGGCAUACGCCGUGCCACGCCUUAUGUGGACAACGUGGGUGGUGCCGCUCUGCAGCCCGACACUGUGGAGGCCUUGUUCAAGGUGUGUCACACUGUCAAUGCCUACUCCACACGGGUUAGCAUCCUAAGUCUUCUUCACCGUGGCCUCGCUGCCGGAGAUCCACCCGAUCGUUUCUACCGCCUGCUUCAUGAGCAGAUUGGCCAGUUUGACCUUUUCACGAGCUCACAUGCCUGGCAAGCAUUUCUCCUGCUGCAGCGAUGCGUUCCAGGGGAUGCCUCGACCGCACGCGGCCUGGCGAUGGCGCGGCGGCUUUUGCAGGUUUCUGCUGGUGCAGAGCCGCCUGUCGCAGCAGCUUCGUUGGGUGUGCUCAGAGACCUGGUUGUGGCGAGAAGGACCGAGAUCAAGCCGAUCCUACACACCGUGGACAGCAACAUCGUAGUAUCCAGGGAGGCAGGUGUUGAUGCCGAGGAGGAGCAUUUCGUCGAUGACGAGGUGGCAGAAGCUCAGCAGACAGCGAAUCCGGAGGACGUGCCGACCGCCUACGACAGUCUGGCGAGAGAACCACGCUAUGCGCGUGCCAUGAACACCCCCGUGUGGGAACUGCAGGCACUUUCCAGCCAUGUGCACCCCUCGGUUGGCACGUAUGCCACCAAACUGCUGGAAGGCCAACCUUAUCAGGACAUGCCUGUCAAUCCUUUCGACGUGUUUUCAAUUCCUGAGCUCUUGGAGCAGUUCGCUUAUCACUCGAAAGUUCGGCGAGAAAGAGCUGGGAGGAAGGCGGGGGAGAAAAUGGGUCAGACAGUUACCGUCAACUCUGAGAAGUUUCUCAAGCGGAAGAAGGUGCAGCCCCACGAGAAGUUCUUUCAGGAUUACUUCCGCGACUCGUCAGUGCGAGCAGAACAGGACAGGAAGCGCAAGGUACGUCGGGAGAAGGAAGAGGACUUUGACGAGGCAGGCGAUGUGGACGGAGAAGAUGCGGAUGAGUUCUUCGACAACUACCUGAAAGGCCAGAUACCAGAAGGUGAGGACGAGGAUGAAGACGAUGAGGAUGAUGAUGAUGCCUUCGGCGAAGGGGAAGAGGAGGAUGGUGACGAGGGCGAAAUGCCUGAUGAGCCGGAAGAUGAGUCCGAUGGCGAUGGCGCUUUCUGUGAAGAGGAGCCCGAAGAGAAAAAGGCUCAGAGCAAGCGCGACAAGGCCAAGGAAAUGCGCAAGAUGCACAGAGGUGCAUCCAUGUUCGCGUCCUUGGAGGACUUCCAGCAGCUUCUGGAUGCUGACUUUCCAGCUUAG